AUGAAGAGGAACAAAUUCACUGUGUAUAUUCUAAAUCUGGCCAUUGCCGAUUUUACCUUUCUCUUUAGCUGCUUUAUUACUUUCUUACUAAUUCUAAUGAACCUGCAGUCACCUGUUUUAGAGAAAUAUCUCAGUCUUGUGGUGGACAUCAUUUUCUACUUUGAGUACAACACUAGUUUCUUUCUUUUGACAGCCAUCAGUGCAGAGCGGUGUCUGAGUGUCCUUUUCCCAGUAUGGUGCCAGUGCAAUCGGUCUAAACAUCUCUCAGCAUAUGUGUGUGCUUUUCUGUGGACUCUGUCUUGCCUGGUCAGCGGAAUGGAGUAUUUUUCCAAAAUGAAAGACACACAGUCCCAAGACACUAGGAUACCUGAUGCAGUAGCUAUAUUAUCUUGUGUAUUAAAUUUCCUAAUUUUUACCUCCAUCAUGGUCCUCUCCAGUUUGAUCCUGUUCAUCACUGUCCAAAGGAGGCCUCUGCAAAACAGACCCCACAUGAGGUUUUACAUCACCAUCGUCGUCACAGUCACGGUAUUCCUCAUCUUUGCCACGCCUGUCAGACUCACAAACAUUGUGAAAUAUUGGCUCUCUGAAUUGGUGUCAGCUAGACUAGUUUACAUUUCUGUUUCACUCAACACCAUCAACAGCAGUGCAAACCUUUUGGUCUACUUCUGUGUAGGGGGCCAGAGCAAGCUGAGAUUCAGGGAACCAAUUCAGAUAGUGCUUCAGAGAGCCUUAAAGGAUGGGACAGAGAGGGAAAUCUGA